AUGUCCGCGACCCACGUCGAUGACGUCGACGCAUUCUCCCGCACGCUCUAUCGCCGAGCACGCACGGCCGGCCCUGCCUUCAGCGACAUUGCGUCUGUAGUCCGUAGUCUUCACACAGUUCUCAAGCACCUCAAGGUCGAAAUCGAGGACCCGGCCUCUCUUCUCGGCUCCGGCUCCAGCUCUGUCUAUGCUCGGCAGCUCACACCACUAGUCGAGGACUGCGACUUUGCCCUCCAGCAACUCGAGGUCGUUCUCGACAAGUCUGGCACAGAGACUGGCACCGGCGAGAGCGAAGCUCUUGGCGGGAAGGCCAUGCCAGGAGAAAAGGGCUGGGUCCUAGAGACUGGAGAGCGCGACCGACUCGAGCUGAUCCGCGCCAAGCUUGCAACCCAGAAGCUCAACAUCGACAUGUUCCUUGACACAGUCCAGCUGCGUAACACAACCAGGCGACGAGAAGUUGCUACAGCAGACACCAGCCAUGUUGACAUGGACUCGAUCAAGGACAAGGUUGAUGCCAUUGCCACCAGGAUCUGUCAUUUCAAGGAUUCAGACUCCGCCGAUGACGACGAGGAACUGUGGCAGAAGUUCCGCGACGAGCUCAUUCGCGAAGGCUUCUCAAAAGAUAUUUUGAGGCAGAACCAGGAUGUCCUCCGUGCGUACAUCCGCCAAUUGGACGAGCAGGCUCUAAGCCACGACGGCAACAUGCCCUCUGUUCGUGGCUUCCUUGAGAAUUACAACCCGGCGGACGAUCCGGGUCUGCAGCUGGCUCCGUAUGAAGAGUAUCCUGCACCAUCAGAGUUGAGUGCCAAUGCCAUGUACCACAGCCCCCGGCCAGAGUACACACAUAAGGCUGCCGCGGACGACACACAAAGUCUCGACCGGUACAAACCAGCCGCGCUGAGAGAGCAACAAUCGGCACUCUCAUACGAAUAUUACUCGUCCGACAAUGAAGAUAUGGACCCCGCCAAUGCCAUGGCAGUGAUGAGCACACGCGAUCUGAUGGCGAUAGACCGCCGCAGCAACGAUCUUGCUAUCGCUCAUGCCAACAGAGGUCUUCCAGCUCCUAACGAGCCGUACUUGAGUGGCAUGGACCAUCAUCCAGUAGGAUCCCCCCCAUCCACUCGCUACGUCCCACCGUCUGCGACCCUGCCAGUAUUGCUCCCGCCGCCAGCCUCUGACCACGGUGGUGACCUUGUUGGAUCUGACUGUCGAUCCCCACCGCCGCUGUUGCAUGGAAACUCCGUGUCGGCGCCACUGCUUGGCGCCGAGGAUGGCGGAUUACCAAGAGCCACACGCCUGGCCCCGGACAGUCAGGGCAACGACAUUCCGCUCGAGGCCAAAUGGACGCGUAUCAAGCGCAGUUUAGUUUCCAUCGAGGUUUUGGCACAGCGAGGACUUCGCUUUGAAGCACGCCCGACAUUUGUGGCAGUACUAGGUGCAUUGAGCCGGGAGAAAGUUGAGGAACUCGCCCGUCGCAGCGCCGAAGUUCGCGAAGCGCGUCGUGCACAUCAGACCAACGACGGGGCCAUGAAUGGUGCAGCAAAGCCAAGGCGAGCCGAAGAUCGCUACUACCCGGACAAGUAUCGGAAUUGGGACAUCGAGACGCCCAAAGACCCUAACCAUCAUGGCUAUACAAUCAAUCCAAGCGGCCGGCGGAAGAACAGCCAUGCCAGCGAGAUGAGCGAACUUUAUGAUACUAGUGAUGAGGACUCCGAGUCGGACUAUGGCUACACUGACGAGGAGGACCACUACCCACCUCCACCACGCCACAAGCCGCAACCAUACCACCAUAACCAAGAAGAUCUGCGAGCGAGAGGUGAUAGUGUGGUCAGUAACGGCAGUGCGGGGUCAGACCAGACGAAGGAAGAUGACGACAAAGGCACAAAAUCCUAUCCCUUUAUUGUCUCGGCUCCCCGGGAAGAGUCCAAAAAGACAUCCAACGGAGAAGGAGCCAGUCCAGCGGCCACAGUCCAGCCGAAGCCGAUCCUCAAAAACAAAGGCGAACCAACACACGUGCGUUUCGACACGGAGCCGCAGGUUCUUGACGAUAGCAUGAGCUCUCCCUCACGCAGCCUGCCUCGCCGUAGCGACAGGACUCAUGGCAGUGGGCGAGAGAAGAGCUAUCAUUCGGACCGAUAUCUCGAUCGAGAACGGGACCGAGAACGGGACCGGGACCGGGACCGGGAUCGGGAUCGGGCCAGGGAUCGUGAGCAUGGUAGCGACAGGUACGACCAGCGCCACCGUGACCGCGACGAGUAUCACCGGGACGAACACGAGUCCCGGUCGUCCCAUCGCCGCCGGGAGAGAGGAGAGAGCUUGUCGAGCAGUGCUCCAAGCUCAUACAGCCGCAAGAAGGAUUCCUCUUCGCGGCGGAGGACGCGCAACGGUGCGCUAAGCGCGGCUGGUAUCGGCGGUGCGGCAGCGAGUCUGCUCGCCGUGCUGACGGAGGCUGCUGCUGCGCUGUAG